GGAGAUUGAAGGGGGAGAUUGAAGGAGAUUGAAGAGACAAUUACACCCGCAGCUAAACCUGAAAAGAGAUUCAGCUUUUUGAGUGAGGAUGAAGUCAACAAAUUGAAACAAGAAGAAGAAAGGAAAAUUGCCAAUCUUACUAGCGAGCAACUGCUCAACAUGAGCCGUUUAGACGACGUUGAUGAAGAGGAUGAAGAUGAAAUAGAUGAAGCAAACGAACCCCAUGUUGAGCCCGUCGCUGUAGCCGUCACGGUCACAACCGUCCCGACAGCCCGGCAUCCUUCCAUCGUUCGUACCGCCAAAGCAGAAAAACGUCUUAAGGAUAAACUAACACGCGAGGGUUUAGAACUCAGUGAAGAGGAGAAAAUGUUAUCGCCAACUGAGCAAAGAGCUUUACAGGCUAAGAAACGAGCGGCGUGGAGGGAGGCUCGUUUGAAAUCACUGGAGCAAGACGCCAUGCAGGCUGAGAUGGUCAUUAAGAGAAUGAGCGAAUAUAACCAAUCGGCUGAUUCGAGCUCUGAAUCUUUGUCGGCAUCGUUACGUAACGCAACCAAUCCGCUCGAUGGCAGUGAUGACAACGGCAACAAUAAUCGAUCAAUUCCGGAUUACACGAAUAAUAACCAGAUGGAUCCCGAAAACAACGUUCAGGAUCGUAUUGAAGAAGAAGAUGAAGAUGACGAAGCGGAUGUCGAUAACCUCGAUCAGGCCGGUCUCGGUGGAACGGAUAACGUGGCCACAUCAACAAACAACGGACGCCAGAAGAAGAAGAAAAACAAGAAGUCUAAGAAUCGGUAGAUUGUCGAAUCGCCACAGAACAAAGUAGAUAUCACGUUUUCUUUUGGUGAACCCAUCAUCAUGAUCACACGCCUUUGUCUCCAUCCUAACAACACUUGCCUUCACGUCGGCACUUUGCAUACCGUUGUCGUCAAAAAUCUUUUUCGGGUCUUGAUAGAAAACGGUUUUAUAUCAUUUGCCUUUUUUCAAUCUUACAUUUUUCAUCUACCAUUUAUGAUACUUUAUCUGUAUUUUCCAGAUCGUCAGCAUUUUUCGUCUUUGGCUUUGUUGUUUUUCGUUCUGUCCUAUUCUUUACCCCCCUCCCAUUUUCUCUACUACGAUUUUUUUAGAAAAAGAUUCGUUUGCAUGCGAAUAUGGCGGGAUUCGUGUAUGUUGUCCCGCUAAAGAUGUUUUAUCCACACUAACUCGCAAAAUUUGAUAAGAAAAAAAGCUGCGUAUUUGAACCUCAUUUAUACCCCCUCUCCCUUGAAUUAAAUUUUACAGUAAAUGAAAAUAAUACAGCCUUCGUAAAAAUAUAUCCUAAAUCUGUUUUGUGUACUCUCAA